CCAAAAGCAUGUUAAGAGAAGCUUGGGCCACCACAGAGUGAGAAUUCGCCGCUUCGGUCAUCACUGAGUUGGAAGUCCCGCGUCCAAGGAACUUUUGGCAAACGUCCUCUUCCCGAUUCCUCAAACGACCACAUCUAAUUCGACCUGCACCACCCCAUCGAUUGCGCUCUACACAACCACUCGACCCAACGAAAGAUUACAACCCGACUUCGAUAAUCCCAAUCGCCAACAGACAGCAUCAUGCUUUCGAGAUCAGUUCGGGCCGUCUCGGCUGGAAGAAUCCUGGCUUCGGCGCUGCGACCCGUCGCUGUUCCCGCCUUCCGCCAGCUCGCGCCAGCAGCGCCUGUCGCGACCCGCCGCUUCUACCAUGAGAAGGUUCUCGACCACUACUCGCGCCCCCGCAACGUCGGGACGCUCGACAAGACGGAUUCCUCGGUGGGAGAAGGCCUCGUAGGCGCGCCAGCAUGCGGUGACGUUAUGCGGCUCCACAUCAAGGUCGACCCCGAGACCCAGAUCAUCAGCGACGUCAAGUUCAAGACCUUCGGAUGCGGUUCAGCAAUAGCGUCAUCGAGCUAUCUGACCGAGCUUGUCCGAGGCAUGACUCUUGACGAGGCGUCGAAAGUACAGAAUACAGAGAUUGCGAGGGAGCUGUGCUUGCCGCCCGUUAAGCUGCACUGCAGCAUGCUUGCCGAAGACGCCAUCAAGUCCGCCAUCAACAACUACUACAAGAAAAACCCCCAGGCAAAGACAACGAACCUCGGGGGCACUGAGGCUAGCUUCGAAGCCGUGGCUGCGUGAAGUUGAAGUUAUGCUGUUAGGGAUGUACGUGACAAAAGUCUUUUAGUUUCGACGGGUUCAUUUUGGGUGCUUUCAUAGGGGACGAGAGAAGCCAGCGGGUGUUAGCUCGGCUUCGGAUCUCGCAUCAGAUUGUCAUUGCUUGCCACUUUCCACGGCGUAUGGGAUGGAGUUUCUGGAUUGACAAUUCCCACACACCAGUUUUGACUUGCUGGU